GUAAACAAACACCCUUAACGUUUACCGUGUGACGUUUACCCCUCAUGACGUUCCCCUUCCUCCCUUGCCUUAAUAUAUCACUCAGUGUGGCUUAGAAGUCCCGCAUCACAUAAGUCAGUCUCCUCCCCUUGCCUUAAUAUAUCACAUGUCUGUCUCGCCAUCCAGCAGAGUGUUGUUAUAAGCUCUCAAAAUACACCGUUCACCGUUUACCGCUUACCCGUUGAUGAGGUUCCAUGCCCCUUCUUUUUUUUUACCUGUAACGCUUUGUAUCGCUUCUUAGGUCCUCCUCCUCCUCUUGGUCCUCACUUCUUAUUCACUCCUUUUCAAUGGUACGUAACUUUCCCCGCUCCACCAUGCCCACCACACUCAAGGUCUGGUCGUUCCACAAAUCCAUUUCUCGGGAGGCGAAGGAGGACUUACUGAGGCACUUCGGGGCGCUGUCAGUCCGGCAUGUUGGGCGGCGAGGCAAGGACGAGGCGCUGCUGGCAAGCUUCAAGAGUGAUGGUGACUGCAGGUACGCUCUGGGCAAGCUUCACCAGCAGGAGGUCCUCGGCGUGAGACUGAAGGCCGUGUUCCAGGACUCAGCGCCGCCCCUGCCAGCACAAGAGCCUCACAGGUGCCAGGAGAAUGUGGAGCCAGACGAGGGAGCCCAGGAGGAGAAAAUGCAGCAGAAAUUAAGGGAGUUUGAGGUCAGCUUGUGCUCCAUUGCUUCCUCACUGGGCAUCAACCACCCCAUCCCACCCAACCUCAGGUAUGUGUAUCCUCCCCCCUCAGCUUCAGUCAUCGCCAACAUUGCACAAGCGCUCACCGAGGUCCCCAAGUUUUACACACAAGUUCUGCAUCUCAUGAACAAGAUGAACCUUCCCCCUCCCUUCCACGCCCUCACGGACCUCCACCCCAUCCACCGAGACCUGCUGGGGCUGCUGGCUCGCUUUGAGGGCAUUGAAACAGCUGCCGUGGGUCUCAACGAUAGAGUCGGCACCCAAGACAGGCCAAAUGACAACCCCAAGCAAGAAUUGACCGAGAGCGAGAGUGAGAGUGAACUCGAGAGUGACAACGAAGGUGAGAGACCGAAGCGCCAGCCCGCCCCAGGCAAGAGAAAGCCCCGCCAACCCACCACCAUGAGGAAAAGACCCAAGCUCUCUGCCCUGAAACAAACCUUCAUGCCCUCGACACAGACACACCCUAGGGCAUCUGAGGUCAACAUGGGGGAUGUUUUUGAGGCCACACACACACAGGGGUCAAAGAGGCUGGAGGUCAGGUUGAAAAAUGUCUCUCUACCAACUGUGGAAGAUUCAUCAAGGCUGGAGGCGCCAAUGGAAAGUGGCAGUUUUGGGAAGAUUGAGGCGCCAUCCACUGCCAGUUUGGGUCACACGGAAAGCUUGGCGGAGUGGCCCAGAGAGGCGGACAACUACAUGAGGAGGGAGGACAUCCUAGCCAACAGGGUGGACAAGUCAGAAUGGCCCAUCCUUCCUGUCUUCAAGAACUACAGUCCAGGAGAACCCUCAGCCAAGCUCUACAUCAAGAACCUGGCCAAGGCAACGAGUGAGAGGGACCUGAAACACAUAUUUGGCCGAUACGUCUUCUGGCAGAAUGACGAGGAGGCAAGCACGUUCUCCAUUAGUCUGAUGAAGGAGGGGAGGAUGAAGGGGCAGGCGUUUGUGACCUUCCCGAGCGUGAGGCAAGCGUCCAAGGCCCUGCAGGACACCAACGGCUACAUCCUCAACGACAAGCCCAUGGUGGUGGCAUUCGGCAAGGUUAGGAAAGACCAGCAUCCAGACAUCGCAACCACAAAGGAAUGAUGGAUGGGUCACUGCCACUACCAUCUUCAUCAUCAUCAUCAUCAUCAAUGCUAUUAUUUUUAUUAUUUAUUUGUUUUAUUAUUUUUUUACAGUAAAGGAAGGGGCAGUUUUGUGGUUAUGUGUGUGUGUGUGUGUGUGUGUGUGUGUGUGUGUGUGUGUGUGUGUUACGAGUGCAAAGUCUGCCGAAACAUUCAUCCACAGAGUCAGAUUUUUCCUCGGUAUUUUAUUAGAAACUUACACAAUCAAUAAUUUUUUUUUCACAGUUCACUCUCAUAAUGUUUCCUUAACGGCUAGACAUUAUUAUCCACCUGUGAUAAAAAACAGUGUCGGUGAUAUACUAAUAAAACCUUUUAGUUCA